AUGCUACUUGCUGCAGCCCUACCACCGCAUCCCCGUCAAGCCUCGGCACCGGCUCAGUAUACAGCCAACCCUUCCAUAGGCGGCGGCUCCGGCUCCUACAAGGAUAGCGACCACUUUCGCGUCUAUGGCGCUCCUUCGAACACCGCCGAUGCGACGCUCAAGAUGUUGGAAGCCGCCCAUCAGUGCUUCGUGGCCGAACAAGGAUGGCGGACACCUGGAUUGAGCUACAAGUCCGGCGGUGUGGGUAAGGAGGUGGGGCCGUGGUACAAGAUGAAUGUUUAUCAGGUGGCCGAUGGUUCGAUGCCGGGUGCUGCGGCGCAGACAUGGACAGAUGCAAACGCUGGACUGGCGUUCUUGAAGGUUGUGGAUAAAUACUUAACGACGCCGGGCGUUACGGUACAUGAAUUCGGACAUGCGAUGCAUUACAGCGAGAAGAACUGGAUUGACCAGACGAGGACAGGCGCAUGGUGGGAGACCAUAGCGAACUUCAUUGCCGACCUCUAUAUCGCAACACCUCUCUGCACCAACGCAAAGUCGUCCGUCGGCCUCUCCACCACGCAAGGCGACUCGCUGAUCGAGCUAAAGAAAGUAAUCGGCGACUCCUUCCAGGUCAUCGUCGACGGGACCUCGGGCUCCGGAAACUACUACCAAGCGUGGCCUUUCCUGUCCUACAUUACCAACAACCCGGACGCCUACACCGGCCUGGGCAAAACUGUGCUGCUGGAUAUGAUUAGGAAGUACAAACUCAACAGUAACGAGACGCCGCUGCAUAGCCUGGAGAGAUUGCUGAGCGGAGUCACGGUUCAAAAGGUGGUCGGACGAUAUUGGGCCCGCAUGGCGUAUGUGGAUAUCGGGCAUGUGAAAGCCCAAGCUAUGUUCAACUCCCAGCGCAAAUCGCUCAACUACGCAAACGUGGAUUCCAACAGCAACGGCAAAUAUACAGUCAAAUCGGCUCGCGCGCCGCGGUACAUGGGCGCCAACAUCAUCCCGCUUAAGGCCUCGGCGUCGACUGUCAGCGUCGCCAUCACGGUGAGUGGGGGAGGACAGUACACCGGGACAUUGGUGGUUAAGGGGAGUAGCGGGACGACGAGAUAUGUGGAUGUGGUGAAUGGGAGUGCAAGCGUGACGCUGGCGAGUGGGGAGGAGUGUAGUCUGGUGGUUGCGAAUACGCCGGCGUUGGUGCAGUAUGAUGCGUUCAGUAUUCCGGCGGAUUUGAACAAGGGGUUGAGUUAUUCAGUGCAGAUUACAGGUGCUACUGUCUAG